AUGACUACUCAAACUUUAUCUCUUGGCUUAACCGGUCUCGCAUCGUCACCCGAAGAUGUCCUCACUCGUUUCGGACACGGACCAAAGCUUCCGGUUCCUCAUUCCUUGGUACAUGAAGCAUUUGAAAACAUUGCAGAUGUUCACCCCACAGCGAUUGCCGCAAGAUUCGGCGCGGACACCAUCACAUAUGAGCAGUUGGACAUCGCAGCCAAUCGCCUUGCGCAUUAUCUGAUUAACUCGGGUUUAAAGCCAAGACAACGCGUUUGUCUUGUUGUGCAACGGUCUUUCGAGAUGCUCAUUGGCCUCUUCGCCAUUCUUAAAGCAGGCUGCCAGUACGUGCCAAUCGAUGGUGGUGUAACAUCGGAGAAAGCGCUGCAGCACAUCUUCGCCGACACUGAAGCGCGCUUCAUCUUAUGUUUGCCGCGUUUCUGGGAUAAGAUACGACAAUUUGCCAGAAAAGAUGCCAUCAUUGUUGCCCUUGAGACGAACACUGGUGCGUUCUACUCGACGGAGAGGCCGACCAUUGAGGUCACAUCGGCGGAUGGCGCAUAUGCCAUAUAUACUUCAGGAAGCACAGGUAAACCAAAGGGCGUUGAUGUUUCGCACGGAAAUGUCACCAACGCCUUGCUGCUGGAGCCGGCAAAGCUUGGAAUCACGAUUGGUGCCCAGGUUGCGCAAGUGCUCAAUAUCGCUUUUGACAUGGGGGCAUGGGAAAUCCUCGCGUGUCUUAUGAACGGCGGAACAUUAUGGCUAAGAGGAUCAGACUGGAAAACGACGUUGCGAGAGAUCGACACCCUAAUUUCGACUCCCUCCAUCCUAUCCAACUACCGACGAGCUUCAUUUCCCAACAUAAGGACCGUUGUCACUGGCGGGGAACCAUGUCCACAAGCUCUAGCCGACGAGUGGGCACAAGGCACUUCAUAUCUCAACAUCUGUGGACCCACAGAAAUCACUAUUCUCAAUUCAGCUCAUCGACAUGUUCCAGGUACACCACUCACAAUCGGCAAGCCGCUACCGAAUACCACGUGCUAUAUCCUGAAUGACGAUGGACAGCCCGUACCUUUUGGUGAGAAAGGUGUGAUGUGGGUUGGUGGUGCGGGCGUCUCGCGUGGCUACAUCAACUUGCCUGAAUUAAGUUCAGAGCGAUACCAACUCGAUAGAUUCGCAAAUGAUGGCUCAAAGAUGUUUUGCACUGGCGAUAUCGUUCGCUGGAGCGAAGAUGGCUGCUUGGAGACUUUUGGUCGGGUGGAUGACCAAGUCAAGAUCAAGGGCUUCCGCGUAGAAUUGGACGGUGUCACAUCUGUUAUUGAGAAAUUUCCUGGCGUCACAAGAGCUUCCGCAAUAAUCAUCGACAAUGUGUUUCACGGCUUCUACACCACACAAACGCUCAUUGACGAGGAGGAUCUAGACGCUUUCGUCCGAAAACACCUUCCCUACUACUCAGUCCCUGAGUGCUGGACAUAUGUCGAAUCAAUUCCACUCACAGCAAAUGGCAAGGUAGACAGGAAAGGACUCGGUGCUUUAGUUCUACGCCAUACCAAGCAAGAUUCUGCUGUGGACACCUCCCUAUCGAUCCAGCCAACACCAAAAUGUACAACCUUGGACCUCUACCAACCUGCAAGCCACAACGCGGACGUUACUCGGGACCCUGAGAAAGGCCAAGAUCCUGAGAAGGCCCAAGUUACCAUCUCAAGCAAGUUGUCUGAUUCGGGCCUGUCGUCUAAAGAAAGUAGCAUCGUAGAAAUCCCGGAUACAUUGCCGGAGAAAAACGGCUUCCACGGCCAACGGUGGUUCCGGCAUCGGCUCUUCAUCCUGUACCGUCGGUUCUUCUCCGUGGUCAUUGCCGCCAAUCUUAUUGCUGCUUGCUUCAUUCUGUAUCGCAGGAUCAAAUUCGAUCGAUAUAUACUCGCAGACCUCGCAACGGCUACGGCGGCCAACCUCUGCAUAGCAGUGUUGAUGCGUUCGGAACCCGUCGUCAACCUUCUCUUCACCGUCUUCUGCUCAGUCCCCACAAGCUUCCCGCUUGCCAUUCGCCGACACUGCGCAAGGAUCUUCCACAUUGGCGGGAUACAUAGCGGAUGCGCCAUCGCUGCCAUGGUGUGGUUUACCUUCUUUACCAUUGGCGCUAGUGUUGAACUCACGAAGCCAUUGGGGGUGAGAUGUAUUUCUGUGGCACCAGUAGUCCUCUCUUAUCUUGUCGUUGCCAUCUUCUUCGCGAUGGGCUCAAUGUCGCAUCCUACUAUCCGCGCAAAGUACCACAAUAUCUGGGAAAUGACUCAUCGCUUCGGCGGCUGGACAGCGCUCCUCCUGCUCUGGAUACAAACAUUUCUCGCCACGAAAGAUCUGAAUCCGGACAUCGCACCAACGAAAGCAUGGCUCAAUUCUCCACCCAUCUGGCUGCUCACCAUUGCCACAAUGGCCAUCAUCUUCCCCUGGCUCUUCUUGCGCAAGGUCCUUGUCCGCUCAGAAGUGCUCUCCAACCACGCCGUGCGACUCUGGUUCAACUACACCACGCCCGUUGUAGGCACAUCCGUGCGUCUCGCCGAGCGACCACUGCUCGACUGGCACGGCUUCGCCACCAUCACCAACGAAGGCCCUAACCCCAACGGCUUCUCGCUGAUCGUGAGCCGAGCGGGCGACUUCACAGGCCGCACUAUCGAGCGCGCACCCACUCACAUAUGGGUGCGCGGCAUCCCGACUUGCGGCGUGCUCCGCAUCGCCACGCUCUUCCGCUCCGUGGUCCUCGUCGCCACCGGCUCUGGCAUCGGCCCCUGUCUGGCCGUCAUCCUCGCGCGCAAAGUACCCUGUCGAAUCCUCUGGACGGCGCCGAACCCAGAGCAGACGUUUGGCAAGGACAUCGUCGAGAGCGUGAUGAAAACGGACCCGCAUGCGGUUAUCCACAAUACCAGGACCCAGGGUAAACCGAAUAUGAGUCUUAUGGCAUACAAGCUGUACAAAGAGAGCGGCGCAGAGGCCGUGUGUGUGAUCAGCAAUAAGAGAUUCACGACGAAGAUUGUUUAUGAUAUGGAGUGUAGGGGUAUACCGGCGUAUGGGGCGAUAUUUGAUUCGUAG